GAGGAGGGGCCUGGGGCCUUCUCUUCUCAGCCCCAGAGUGCCCUGCUUCUGGGCUGGGAGAGGCUCUUUGGAGGAUGUCCAUGGAGGAUGAAGGUGAGGGCACCCUCAAUGCUUUGAAAGGGGCCAGUACUGGGGCCCCCCUAGCUCUGCCUGGAACCAUGGGUGAGGCCCGCAGGGACAGCACCAGCAGCCUGCAGCGCAAGAAGCCGCCGUGGCUGAAGCUGGAUAUCCCGGCCGUGGUGCCCCCGGCAGCAGAGGAGUCCAGCUUCCUGCAGGUAGGCCCUGGCCAGCGGGGGCUGCAGGUGCAGCCCAUCCAGCCGCCUCACUGGGUCCCCGUUGCCCAGCCCCUGAGACGCCAGGCGUUCCUGCGGAGUGUGAGCAUGCCGGCCGAGCCCACCCGCGUCCCCUCACCCCACCAAGAGCCCCGGCGGCCGGCGCUGCAGCGCCAGAUGUCCAUCACACAGACCAUCCGCAGGGGCACUGCUGACUGGUUUGGAGUGAGCAAGGACAGUGACAGCACCCAGAAGUGGCAGCGCAAGAGCAUCCGUCACUGCAGCCAGCGCUACGGGAAGCUGAAGCCCCAGGUCAUCCGGGAGCUAGACCUGCCCAGCCAGGACAACGUGUCGCUGACCAGCACUGAGACGCCCCCUCCUCUGUACGUGGGGCCAUGCCAGCUGGGCAUGCAGAAGAUCAUAGACCCCCUGGCCCGGGGCCGGGCCUUCCGCUUGGCGGAUGAUGCCGCCGAUGGCCUGAGUGCCCCGCACACGCCGGUCACGCCGGGUGCCGCCUCCCUCUGCUCCUUCUCCAGCUCCCGUUCGGGUUUCAACCGGCUCCCGCGGCGGCGCAAGCGCGAGUCGGUGGCCAAGAUGAGCUUCCGGGCAGCCGCUGCGCUGGUGAAGGGCCGCUCGGUUAGGGAUGGCACACUGCGCCGGGUCCAGCGCCGAAGCUUCACUCCUGCCAGCUUCCUGGAGGAGGACACGGCUGACUUCCCCGACGAGCUGGACACAUCCUUCUUUGCCCGGGAAGGUGUCCUCCACGAGGAGCUGUCCACAUACCCAGAUGAGGUGUUCGAGUCCCCAUCGGAGGCAGCGCUUAAGGACUGGGAGAGAGCCCCAGAGCAGGCGGACCUCACGGGUGGGGCCCUGGACCGCAGCGAGCUGGAGCGCAGCCACCUGAUGUUGCCCCUGGAACGUGGCUGGCGCAAGCAGAAGGAGGGCGGUGCAGCGGCCCCGCAGCCCAAGGUGCGGCUGCGGCAGGAGGUGGUGAGCGCCGCGGGUCAGCGGCGGGGCCAGCGCAUCGCGAUGCCGGUGCGCAAGUUCUUCGCCAGGGAGAAGCGGCCGUAUGGGCUGGGCAUGGUGGGCCGGCUAACCAACCGCACUUACCGCAAGCGAAUCGACAGCUAUGUCAAACGCCAGAUUGAAGACAUGGACGACCACAGGCCCUUCUUCACCUACUGGCUCACCUUCGUGCACUCGCUCGUCACCAUUCUAGCCGUUUGCAUCUAUGGCGUGGCGCCCGUAGGCUUCUCACAGCACGAGACCGUAGACUCGGUGCUGCGCAACCGAGGGGUCUAUGAGAAUGUCAAGUACGUUCAGCAGGAGAACUUCUGGAUCGGGCCCAGCUCGGAGGCUCUCAUUCACCUGGGUGCCAAGUUCUCGCCCUGCAUGCGCCAGGAUCCGCAGGUACAUAGUUUCAUCCACGCUGCGCGCGAGCGUGAGAAGCACUCGGCCUGCUGUGUGCGCAACGACCGGUCUGGCUGCGUGCAGACCUCGGAAGAGGAGUGCUCGUCCACGCUGGCAGUGUGGGUGAAGUGGCCCUUCCAUCCCAGCGCCCCAGACCUUGCUGGCCACAAGAGGCACUUUGGCUCUGUCUGCCACCAGGACCCCAGGGUGUGUGAUGAGCCUUCCUCCGAGGACCCCCAUGAGUGGCCAGAUGACAUCACCAAGUGGCCGAUCUGCACCAAAAACAGCGCUGGGAACUACACCAACCACCCGCACAUGGACUGUGUCAUCACAGGCCGGCCCUGCUGCAUUGGCACCAAGGGCAGGUGUGAGAUCACCUCCCGGGAGUACUGUGACUUCAUGAGGGGCUACUUCCACGAGGAGGCCACACUCUGCUCUCAGGUGCACUGCAUGGAUGACGUGUGUGGGCUGUUGCCCUUCCUCAACCCCGAGGUGCCCGACCAGUUCUACCGCCUGUGGCUGUCCCUAUUCUUGCACGCUGGGAUCCUGCACUGCCUGGUGUCUGUCUGCUUCCAGAUGACUGUCCUGCGGGACCUGGAGAAGCUGGCAGGCUGGCACCGCAUAGCCAUCAUCUACCUGCUGAGUGGCAUCACUGGUAACCUGGCCAGUGCCAUUUUCCUGCCAUACCGGGCAGAGAAACAGAGAGCCAGCCGCUCAGCUUUCACCUCCUCGCUGCAGAGAUUACAGGGACAGACACAGUUAACGGGACACUUGAUCCAGAAGGAGACAGAGCUGAGAGCACCCAGGUGAGGAGCUGGCAGCUGCACCAUCUGUAACCAGGGAAACCACCUCCAGGCACACCGCAAGUGCCCUAAGGGGUCCUCACGUGAAGAUACCCAGCUGCCUGGGUGGGGUGAUGUCAGUGAAGAGCAGCUGAGGCAGGGCUCGUGGCACAGAAGCACCUGCCCUGGCCGAGGCUUGGGACAGGGAGCUCGUUGCUCCAGGCCACACUCUGGAGCAGAGCCCAGGUGAUGAAAAGGCUCAUGUCCAGCAAGAGGUCCUGUGAAGUCCAGCUCCUAGGAAGGGCUGCAAGGAGGAGCUGUGGCUGCACUCACCAGCUGAUGUGCUGAAUGCCCCCUUCGCGCUCCUGCCUGAGCUGCACGUAUCUCUGGAUGGCCUUCUUCAGGUCCAGGACUGUGGCGUUCUGGACUACAACCACAGCUGCACAGAUGGGAGAAGAUCCGUGGUGGGAAUCCACAGCCACAGCCUCAGAUUGCAGGAGAGGAACCCAGAAGCUUCUUCCUGAGGCUCAAGGCUGGGCAGGGGGAGCUUGUGGCUGCCCCAACAACCCUGGGCACGGCCCUGAGUUUCCACUGACCAGCCCUGCUAACAUCUUCUCCCGUGAAGGUUCAGACUGCACGGCCUGAGGGGGAGGGCAGCACUUACGCAUAACUUCUCCAUCCAUCUUGCACACUCGGACUGUCAUUGCUUGGCCGUAUUCUAGUGCUAUUUGGGAAUUGACCUCUUCCAAAGUAACCUAGAAAAGACCAAGGCUGGAGGUGGGAGCUCUCUUCACCACUCCAAACAACAAAGAAAAACAGCUGUCUUCAAAAAGUGGUGCCACAUUUUUGGGAGGUUCUUGCAUAUAUGUUAGGAUUUCCCGGUUUUUCAGCACUUUAAUCUCAUGUCUUAUCCACGUUUUCUAUGAAGUGGAUGGACGCUCGGGAGAAAUGGGCAAGGAGAAUGAAUCGCCUUGAGGAACAGCCCCUGGCUCCUCCGGGCCAGGUGCUGGGUGGGAGGAGGAACACUGGGCCCCACCUUCCGGCCUGAGAGCCCCCGAUCAUCAGGAUCCAGGGCCUCCGGCAAGGCUGGGGCACCAAAAAACGGUAAAAGAAAAACAUGUCAAUACAACCGUUAACAAAACAGAAGUUAAUUUAAAAAUUCCACGAUGGGCAAAAUAACAAGGACUUUAAAACAUGACAGUGCCAAAACUCACUGAAGAUUGAGGAGAAAGGAAAAACCGGUAACAGUGAUCUUUUAUUUGAAAAUGAUAUUAUUUUGUUUGCCGUAGGCUUUUGUAAACCAACUUUGCGUUUUAAAAACACUGAUGAAAAGUCAUGUGUGUUAACUAGUGGGGGGUUUUGGCGCCCCUUUAAAUUCCGCGCCAGAGGCGAGAGCCUCGCUCGCCCCCAGGCCGGGCCGGAGCCUAGACCCUCGUUUACGACCGGAGACGCCAUCCCAAGGCCUCUGGCCGCAGCCCCCAUCGACACUCCGGGGUCCGUCCGCGCCCCGACGGCCCCCGGCCCGUGCGCACCUGGAUCGGAAGGUCGCAGAGCAGCGGGUCCUGCACUACCAUGGCCAGACCCUCCUGGAACACGUCCACCGCCUCGGAGUGCGGCAGCGCCUCCUCCUCGUCCUCCUCGUCCUCCUGCGGCUCCCGCCGCGCCGCGGCCCCCGCCUCCUCCAGGCUGCCUAGCCGGCCGCGCGACCG